AUGGAUUCUGCCAGAGGUUGGUUUCAGAAGUUUCAUCCAAGGGAUAAAAUGAGGUCUUCUUCGAAGAAGAAGGAGGGUUCUGGAGGAGGAAUCGAAGUUUCAGAUGCACAACUAGAUGAAGAAGCUCUUUCUAAUAUAACGAAACAAAAGGUUGCUGCGGCAAAGCAGUACAUAGAGAAUCAUUAUAAGGAGCAAAUGAAGAGCCUUCAGGAUAGAAAGGAGCGAGUUACCUGUUUGCAGUGUAAUGAACGCAAACUAUUGAAACUUAGCUCCAUUGUAAAGAUGGGAGCUCUAUGGAAAAGGACAUACUUCUCUUUCUUUCGAACUAUCUUGGAAAAGAAGUUGGCCGAUGCUGAUGUCUCUGAGGAAGACCAAAACAACCUUUUCAAGUUUCUGGAGAAAAAGGAAACUGAAUACAUGCGGCUUCAGAGGCAUAAGAUGGGUGUUGAUGAUUUUGAAUUGUUGACCAUGAUUGGAAAAGGUGCAUUUGGAGAGGUCAGAGUUUGCAGGGAAAAGACAACAGGCCAUGUAUUUGCAAUGAAAAAACUAAAGAAAUCAGAGAUGCUUCGCAGAGGCCAGGUAGAACAUGUCAGAGCUGAAAGGAACCUCCUUGCAGAGGUUGAUAGCAAUUGCAUAGUCAAACUUUACUGUUCUUUCCAAGAUGAUGACUACCUAUACCUGAUAAUGGAGUAUCUGCCGGGUGGGGACAUGAUGACUUUACUUAUGAGAAAGGAUAUCUUGACUGAGGAUGAAACAAGAUUUUACGUAGGCGAAACAGUUUUGGCUAUUGAGUCUAUACAUAAACACAAUUAUAUCCAUAGGGAUAUUAAGCCUGAUAAUUUGUUAUUGGAUAGAUAUGGACACUUAAGGCUGUCAGAUUUUGGACUUUGUAAACCAUUAGAUUGCAGCAUACUUCAAGAGGAGGACUUGGCCGAAGGUCAGUAUGUGAAUGGUUCUGCACAGAAUGAGGAACAUGGAUCUUCAAAUCGCACACAACAAGAACAAUUACAACACUGGCAAAAGAACAGGAGGACACUAGCUUAUUCUACUGUUGGUACGCCAGAUUAUAUUGCUCCAGAAGUUCUAUUGAAGAAGGGUUAUGGUAUGGAAUGUGAUUGGUGGUCUCUUGGAGCUAUUAUGUACGAAAUGUUAGUAGGAUAUCCUCCUUUUUAUUCUGAUGAUCCAAUGACAACGUGCAGAAAGAUAGUAAACUGGAAAACUCACUUGAAAUUUCCUGAAGAGGCAAUGCUUUCUCCUGAAGCUAAAGAUUUGAUCAGUAAACUAUUGUGUAAUGUGAAUCAGAGGCUGGGAUCAAAAGGUGCAGGUGAAAUAAAGGCUCAUCCAUUUUUCAAAGGUAUUGAAUGGGAUAAGCUAUACCAAAUGGAAGCUGCAUUUAUUCCUGAGGUUAACGAUGACUUAGAUACUCAAAAUUUUGAGAAGUUUGAUGAGUCCGACAGCUGCAGUCAACCAUCCUCUAGAAGUGGUCCAUGGAGGAAGAUGCUUUCAUCUAAAGACGUAAAUUUUGUUGGAUACACGUAUAAGAACUUUGAAAUUGUCAACGACUAUCAAGUUCCCGGAAUGGCUGAAUUGAAAAAGAAAACCUCCAAAGCUAAGAGGCCAUCCGUCAAGUCACUUUUUGAUGGCGAGAUAGCUGAAACAUCAGAAGCCUCCGAGGCUUCUGCGAGCAAUGACUCUGCUUAAGUCAGACAGCCACAAACUCAAGCCAAGUAAUUUAACAGCAUUUUGACUCUCCAUUGAUACAACUUUUUUCAAGCUGUUUUGUGCUUGGACGCACGUGUUCUGGCUACGUACAUUAAUAGUUAUAUGGCAGGGCAGAUCGAGCGAAGGCAAGAAGAAGAAAGUGCUGAGUGCCCUGUCUAGUGAGUUUCGCGUGGGAGCAGAUUGACCUGAUCUCUUCAACCCAUGUUGAAUUAGAGGCUCAACAACAAAAAACAAAGAAAGACUCGCGCUGAAUUUGUCAAAUUAUUAGAUUGACUUGGCUUGUGAUACAUAACUUAGUAAACUAU